GUGUCUGAACACGCUCACUGCACGUUGGUUCGCGCGGCCAGUAGGACGCUCUCUCGAAGGACGACGUUCUCACGUCUCCCAGUGAAUACAACUUGUUAAUUAAAAAAAAUUAGAGUGACAGAAAAUUAUUAGUUUAUCAGUGGGUGAUCAGGCAAAUGCGAUCUCUGGUGGAUGAAAAGAAAAUCCGCGCCUGGUCAGACAGUCACAGAAGUCUCUACUGCAGGGGUGAUCCAUUUGUCAGGGAUGGAGACUAGUUCGAGGCUUUUCACGAUGGUGUGCUCAAGAUUAUUUGGAUUUAUCAUGUUUAUGGCGAUAAUGGCUCUGGGAGCCGCGACGGAAACUUCAUGCCAGGACGAGGGGGACUGUCCCCCACAUCAAUUUUGUUAUGAUGUUUCAAAUAUAUGUGUUCAUUACACAAAUUGCAGUCAGUACAACCGCGAGGAGGGUGCUGAGAAGGCUCAAAAUCCUUCACAGUGUGGAAAAUGCCUCGAAGGAUAUGCCAGUAAUACUGUGGCGACCGGAGAGGAGGAGCCUGUUUGCAAAAGCAAGGUUCAACUCCCAGUGGACCCUCCAGUGAUCGAUGACAAUUCUCAAUGGUGGAUUUACAUGGCGAGUGGGAUUCCAUGUGUAUCAAUCGUAGGACUCCUCAUCUAUUUCCUGAGAAAACGUCUGACCGAUGGAGAUGAGAAGUGGUUCAAGACAAUUGGAACCUGGAAGUUCACUCCCAGUGCGCCUCCCCAGGAGAAUGUUUUUGUUACAGCCUAUCACCUGCAACAACCCUUCUAUACCGACGAGGAGCCUCCAAUCUAUUCUGCAGUGAUCACCAGCAAUAACAACAACAACAAUGUCAAGGAACGUUUGGUCAAUGCAAUGCCAACGACUCCCCCUUCUUGGGUACAGGUCGACCCCAGCUACGAUGAGGAAGACGGUACUGUGAACACAUCGGGCUCCACAGCAAUUUCCACGACAAUUGAGGUUGAGGACGAGGAAACAACCCCCAGUUCAUGGACUCCCGAGAACGUAUCAGUGCAAGUGCCAUCGAGACCGUUUCUGCAGUUCGCUCCGGAGCAAAGGGACAACGUUCUCAACGCUGUAUUGGUUCGAGGUGAUUGUGGGUCAAACUCGACCCCCCAAGACGCGACGCCAGAGCCCUCCCCAGAAUCCCGAGAGGGAGCACGAGGAAAUACGUAUCGAGGGCCCAAUGUUCAGAUCAAUCAGAUGAUCACGCUGAACAUGGUGAAAAGUGAUCACUAAUUGAAAUUCACGAUGUGCCAAAUUGUUGUUAUUGUCUCGGUUUUCACGGUAUCACAAGACUUGUUGCUCAAUUGCCCUGUGAAAACUGAGAAUCGGGGGGUGAAUGGGGUAUUUCUUAAGUAUUUUUAUGGUUGAUGGACCAUGCGAGUCUCAAUGGACCAUUAGUAUUACUUCAGGAAUGCUGAUUAAUACGGAAGAGUCUCUCUUCGUUCGCUCGAAUUUUCUCGUUGCAAUUUUCCUGGUAAAUUAAUUUCCAAUCAAGAAUAUUUUGUUGAAUAUUUCGAGUUGAAUACUCUCUAUCAAUUUGUAUGAUUCGUUUAUGAAGACAAAGAAAUAAUCGAGAAGUUAGCCUUAUGAAAAUAUAUUGUUGCCAUGAGAAUUCAUUAGGAUGAAUUCCCCUUGUGCAUUUAGUCUGGAAAAGACAAGUUCAACCUAAUCUUAGGGUCUACUUACUCAUGCGACAUCGAGACAACUCGAUCUCCUUGUGAUUCAUUUUUUUUUACAUAAAUAAUCAUUUGUAUAAAUCGUUUCUCCAAUUAUUGUAGGAAUCAUAGUUUUUAAAGACUUUUCCUUCCUUUUUGCAAUAUUUGCAAGAGCAAUUUCUUUUGAGAUGUUCGAUAGUGAAAGGUGAAAUUGUACAGAAUUUUUUUUUUGAAAAUUGAAAAUUAUUUUAGAAUAUUUACAUUCUUAUUUAAGUUUUACAAUUGAAAGCUAUUUGGGUAAUUGUGAGGACAGGUGGUCGGGCCUUCAUGUGUAGAGCAUCUAAUUUUAAUCGUUGGUGAUAGUGGGGAAGGAAAUAAUUAACUGUGCAUUGUUCAAUUAUUGAUAAUUACCCAGUGAAACAGAACUCCUACAUCAUUAGCAUAAUUUAUCCACUAAGUGGAACAAAUGAUAACAAAUGUCUGUUAAUAUCAUAGUUGCAUACUUACCUCAUAUCACCCAAACCUACAAUAAUUCCUUAUUUAUGAUAACCCGAAGGAUUAAGGAACAUUCAAUGGCUAGUCACGUGUCUCCAGUGAAAUUAAAAAUUUAUUUAACAAAAAAAAACAAUUACAAUUAACUUAUCAUUGGGUUACUCGUUUAAAAAAAUAUAAAGUUAUGAACAUAAUACUAUUAUUCUUAUGGAGACAUGACUUAAAUUAAAUUUUCAAUGGAAUACAAGUGCCGGGGGCUAUGUCAGCUGCCUGGCUCUGUAAUAAAACCAUUAGGAGCUAGAGAAUGAACAAAAUCAAUGAAUAAAAAAUACAUUUUUCAACA